AUGGAACUGAAAUUGAGAAUGCAAAUCAAAGAAGCGGUACUAGAAAUCUUGGAAGACUCCGACAUGGAAACUACAACAGAACAUCAGAUUCGUAGGUUAGCAUCCAAGAAACUUGACCUUGACCUCGAUAAAUCAGAGUACAAGGCUUAUGUCAGACACGUUGUUAAUUCUUUCCUUGAAGAACAAAAGGUCAAACAAGAAGAUGAUGAAGAAGAAGGAGGCAAGCAGGAGCAAGAGUAUGAUGAUGAGGGUAAUCUUGUCAUUUGCAGGUUGUCAGCUAAGAGAAAAGUGACAAUACAGAAUUUCAGAGGAGCAAAUUUGGUGUCAAUAAGGGAGUAUUUCCAUGACGGUGGAGUAGAAAGGCCUACUACUAAAGGAAUAAGCUUAAACGAGGAGCAAUGGUCGAACUUGAGGAAGAAUAUACCAGCAAUUGAGAAAGCUGUAAAGGACAUGCAGGAUCGGGAUAUUUGA